AUGUCCAGCUUCUACUGCCUACCUUCUGAGCUCCUACGGAUGAUAUGCAAACUCAGCGAAGCUUCCGAAGCUUCCACGCUGUCCUCUCUUUCUCAGACUUGCCGCAAGAUCCACGCCAUCACCAACCCGAUCCUCUUUAACACCGUAUCCUUUUCCCGCGAUGCCAUCACCCGCGACUUCCCUCCGCGCCUCCUGGAUGCCCUCCAGGGUCUCUCUGAAAGCCCCCGCCUCUGCACGCACAUCGUCAGCUUCAACCUCCUCGGGACCUUCCCAUUCAGCCACGUCACAACGCAAUACGUGGACGCCAUCCUCCGACACGCGCCCAACCUCAAAUCCCUCUCCUUCCAGCUCCAAGACCACGUACGGAGCCCCCUCCCUGCCGUCCUCUGCGCCAGCAACCCCCCGUUCUCGCUCGAACGGUUCACAUGGUCGGCCCCCAUCAGCGACGCGCGGUUUAUCACCGAGUUCCUGCCCACCCAGCGCGAUCUCUUGCACUUGGCGCUCCUCUGGCCUCUCAAUGCGCUCCCAGCUCUACCACCGGAAUCGCUCACGAAACUACGCGUCCUCGAAGUCGCGUCGUCCUCCCUCGCGUCGUUCUCCGCGCAGAGCAAAACUGUGCGGUAUUUCAAGCUGGUUCAUGCUUCUGGGGUUGUGGCUCUCCGUGAGCCGCUACCGUCCGUCCGUGUCCUGAGCAUCGGCAGGCUGCGGAAGCGCGGCACCCUUGAUAUCCUCCCCCAAUUGCCCAACGUGGCGUAUCUACAAACCAUGGCAAGUGAUGCAUGCAUGCAUAUCUGCCCCGCAAUAUCCUCGCUCAUCUCAUCUCCCCGCAUCCAGUCCCAGUUAGCGGACGAGAGCCUGCUCUGCCUCGUGCACACGCGCAUUCCGCUGCGCUGUAUCCGGUGCACCGACCUCCCCGAGCCGGAGUACGUCCCCUGCAUGGGGGGCAUCAUCGCCCGCCUCUUCGCGUGCAUCCCGACGCUCGAGUGGGUCGAGCAGCGCUUCGCCCCGGCCUACAACGAACACACGUGUCUGCGGUGGUACCGCGAUCGCGCGAGCCCGGCCCUGGUUCAGUGGGACGACUGGCAGCAUGCGUGGCUGGACGACUGGCACGAGGGCGGUGCGGUGCUGCUUGAUGCGGUGCCGAUGAGUGUUGGGCAGCUGUAUGGGCCCCUCACCCCGCCGCCCCUCCAGGAGAUCUACAAGUUGCUUCGCGAGCAUGCGCGCAAGCCUCGGAUUUUCAGAAGACGGUAUGACGUCCGGUAG